AUGACGAAGGAUCUUCGUCGUGGACCGUGGACCACAAAACUACAGAGGCGAGACAACGGAGACGAAGGUGGCGUUACCCGUGUUUACGAAUAUGAUCGAGGCUACUGCCCCAUCACGAAGGAGCUAUAUUUACUAAGAUCGAGAAAUGAGAGGCCGGAUUGCACGAACCGCAUGGGUCAAUCACCUAUACAAAAAGUGAUGGCCGUUGUACGAGUAUACGGCUAUGCUUGUUGUUUUGAUAGCGUGGACAAGGUUAUAAAGAUGGGGGGCACGUCAGUCAAAAGGGCCACCAUAGAAUUCUGUGAAACGAUUGUGAAUGUGUACAAGUCGCAGUAUCUACGGGACCCGACGCCUAACGACAUAGCCUGUCUUUUGGCCAAAAAUAAAGUGCGUGGGUUUCCGAGGAUGAUAGGCUCGCUUGAUUUGUUUCAAGAUCUUUGGAUAUGGCAUGCAUUUUUUGGUAUGCCCGGCUCCAACAACGAUGUCACUAUUUUGGACCAUUCGUUGUUGUUCGACAAAUACAUUAAUGGGACAACACCACCAGUUGAGUACGAGGUGAACGGUACAGUGAGGCAUGUCGGAAGGACAUCGAACGGGCGUUCGGUGUUCUCCAACAAAAAUGGUGAGUUAUGCAUGUUAUGGCACGCUCGAACAACUGAAAGAUCUUCUUCUAGUUAUGACAUGUAUAAUUUUCACAACAUGGUUUUCGAAGACGAACGUGGGAAAAACCUACCGGAAUGGGUGCUAGCUCACGACAAGGAGCAAAGUGUCCCGUACAAUUCUCAAUCUCUAGAUGAAGUCCGCAUGCUCUAUCGAAUAAGAAUGGGCCAACUCCGGAAUACAGGAGUGAAUGCGCGACUACAAGAAGAUCUUAUCAACUACUACUGGUGGCUUUCGGGAGGUGAAACAAUCGUCUAA